GAAUGAGAAAAAGAUUGAAUGGACAAGUGUGUAUGCAAUAAAAGAGUUGGAUAGUUUUUUAAAUGAUGAAUUAGUGUAACACCCUAAUAAUUCUCUCUUUAAACAUGUGAGUAUCCUGAACAAAAUCCAAGAGAAUUACUGGUGUGUAUGCUGCCAGUGAUUCUCUUGGAUACUUAAAUUUUUUUGCGGGUUUGGGAAUUUUUUAUUUUUUUUUAAUUGAGCCCCAUAAACCGAUAGAGAAUCAACAACGUGUCAGUAUGUGGAGCGCUAAAGAGUGUGUUAUGCUAAUACCGUUGGAAAACACCAGAAACACGAAUUCUGUGAUUUUGUUUGAAGAUGAGAAUGACAAUUCUCCAAUUUCAGCAAUUACAAUGCCAACAACACUUCAAUGGCGUCUUUCUUUCUCACUCUUCUUUACUCCAUUCUUCCAUUCCACGGAUUUCGAGACCUUGUACUGUUAUGUGCUCGCAAUCAUCUCCUACCAGGACUCAAAGGAUAAUGGAAAGCAUAUCGGUAGGAACAGAAGCCGGUGGUGCAGGAGGAUCAUAUUCUUAUACUGCCUUGAAGAGGUUGGAUCAAUUAUGGACAAAUAUUUGCUCGGCUGAAACAGUAACUAAACCACCACAGGUAGUUACUAGUAUUACAGGUCCUUUUGUGCAUGAUGACGCUUCAGGGAAGUCAGUAGAGAAUUUUGAUGUGAUAGUUUGUGGAGGUACUUUGGGAAUUUUCAUUGCCACUGCAUUGUGUGCCAAAGGCCUUAAGGUCGGAAUUGUGGAAAGAAAUAUUCUGAAAGGGAGAGAACAAGAAUGGAAUAUUUCAAGAAAAGAGUUCUUGGAACUUGUAAAGGUUGGCAUUUUGAAUGAAGAUAACAUUGAACAAGCUAUAUCUGCAGAAUUUAAUCCUAAUAGAUGUGGAUUUGAAGAGAAGGGUGAGAUUUGGGUCAAGGACAUUCUUAAUAUUGGAAUUUCGCCAGCUAAGUUGGUUGAGAUAAUGAAGGAACGCUUCAGGUCUCUUGGUGGUAUUAUCAUGGAGGGUUACAGUGUAUCUAGCAUAUGUGUGUAUGAUGAUUCAGCAGUUUUGCAAGUAUCUGAAGAGAAGAUUUUAUCAUCACGCCUAAUCAUUGAUGCUAUGGGAAAUUUUUCUCCUAUCACAAGACAGAUACGAAAUGGAAGGAAGCCAGAUGGUGUUUGCGUUGUUGUUGGUUCUUGUGCAAGUGGCUUUACAAAUAACACCACAAGUGAUGUCAUCUAUAGCAGUGCAACAGUGCAGAAAAUUGGUCAAUCAGAAGCCCAACUGUUUUGGGAGGCGUUUCCAGCUGGUUCUGGUCCCAUGGAUCGUACAACUUACAUGUUUACCUAUAUGGACCCUCAGCCAGGAUGCCCUACCCUGGAAGAUCUCUUAGAAACUUACUGGGAAUUGAUGCCAAAAUAUCAGGGAGUUUCUCUGGAUGACCUCGAUUUUAUGAGAGUUGUAUAUGGCAUAUUCCCUACUUAUCGUGACAGUCCACUACCAGCUGCAUUUAAUCGUAUUCUACAGUUUGGUGAUGCUAGCGGUAUUCAAUCCCCUGUUUCAUUUGGUGGUUUUGGAAGCUUGACCAGGCACCUUGAGAGAUUAUCGUCGGGAAUAUACGAAGCAAUUGAGGGCGAUUUUCUUGACUCGAGCAGCUUGUCUUUGCUGAAUCCAUAUUUGCCCAAUCUAAGUGCUUCUUGGCUAUUUCAAAGAGCAAUGUCAGCAAAGCAACAGCCUGAUGUAUCGCCUUCUUUCAUCAAUGAGCUACUUCAUGCCAAUUUCCAGAGUAUGGAGAAGCUUGGUGAUCCUGUUUUGAGACCAUUUCUUCAGGAUGUCAUUCAAUUUGGACCCCUGGUCAAAACAUUGGGGUUGGUCAUGCUUACUAAACCUCUCAUCAUUCCUUCCAUAUUCAAGCAGGUUGGUUUUCCUGUGCUGAUUGAUUGGUCCGGGCAUUUCUUUAUGCUUGGUCAUUACACAUUCCUCUCAAGCUUUGUAGAUCCUUUAAUUAGGUCUUCAAUUAACAAAUUCCCUUCCAAGUCGAAGUUUCAAUGGAAGCGAUAUCUUGAUGCUUGGAAGUAUGGAGCUGGUUUAGACUAUAGAUUGUGAAGUAAUACAUUGUUGAAAUACCAGAAACUAUUGACAGGCGAAAAAGACAGUACGUAGAAUGGUGAGAAUCAAAAUCACGAGCGCUUAUGUUAUGGUAGCCAUAGCAGUAUGGAUGGUGCUUGAACCAACUCUCGCCGCAAAACCAGAUGUAAGUUUCGACAUCGAAGGUGCUACAAUAGCUAGCUACUCGCAAUUGUUGACUGAUGUACGUAACAUAGUGAGGGAUAGAAAGAUUGUAUAUGGUGGGCGCCCCGAUUUACCAGUAAUGGCGAAACCUUCAGCAGCAAAAAAUUAUUUGUAUGUCGAUUUGACAGCAUCAGGGGGAAGGACAAUCACAAUUGCUGUGAAUUUAAGAAAAGAUUAUAAUUUAUAUGUGGUUGCUUAUCUUGACAAAAUUAAUGGAAACUUUAGGUCACAUAUUUUUAAA